CGCAAGAUUGACUGAGAUGAGCUCAUAACCAGCGAAAGGCCAAGACGCUCACUUUUCCUUUGGACCACCCCGCCUUCUUCGCAACCACAGCGACGACAGUGUCCAACGAGAACAACGAUCGAAGGUGGUCGCUCUCCUCUCCCUGAAUUUGCGUCCCAAAACCAAAUAGGUUUGAUCAAAGCUCCUUUCAGAUCAUUCCUUUUUAGAUUAGCGGCAAACACAGAAUCCAGCAGACUCAAAGACAAAGAGGCGGCAGUUCUGCUGCAGCGAUCGAUACAGCAAAAUGGGCACUGCACAGUCCAAAGUCCAGGAGCCACAACGGAAGGAGAGACUUUCUGCCAACCAAGAAUUCCACAAUCAGUUCAGAGCGUUCUCUUCCUCUCGAACAUUUGGACCACUGCUAUUAUCAUCGACACAAUGUGAACAAGAUGCGCCACCCCUUCCUCCUUUGGAUGGAAGCAGCAGUGAACCUCCACCCCCUCCUCCCGAAGAAACCAGCAUUGCCGAAGCUGCCAGGUCUGCCUCGGCGUUUGGGAAUCCUGGUCCUUACGAAAUGGUCGCUCAGGAAAGCAAACGCUUAAUCACCUUGGAUACCUACGAUGGAUUCCGAUGUGACAUUAGCAAGCAAUUGAGUCCCUACAUGGUGGCCAUUCACAACUUUUGGUUGGGUACCAACAUGAUGCAAGAUGGACGAAAGAGCACCUACGCCUUUGUCACUCAGGUAGCCGAUGAAUCCGGAUUAUUAAUGGCACGAGUCGACCCAGGACGAGGGAGUGUCGAUGGCCGAGUCCACAGAGCAAUACUGGGUGGAUUGGCCAUGGGAAAGCUGCAAUUAGGACUCAGCACCGAAGGCCAACAAGAUCAGGCCUUGGCAGAAAUUGAUUUUGGAGGCGAAACAUGGACCGCCAAUUUAAAGUACGGAUCCAUGGGAGGAGGAAUUGCCUUUGGAUGCAACUACUUCCAAACUGUCACGCCACGGUUAGCCAUGGGUGGUGAAGGAAUGUUCCUUGGAGCGAACAAGUCGUUAAUGUCAAAUUAUACAUUGAGGUAUACACUGCCAGCAAAAACGGGAGAGGAGGAUUUGCCGUCGUCUAUUUUGCCGGAGGCUUCUACUGCGAUCAGCACCCCUCCUGCAGGGAGCUCCACUUUCUGGGCGAGCUACAACUCAAUGGCCGGCCAAGCCUCGCUUUCCUACAAAAGGGUCGUUACACCUGACAGAGUGACCCUGGGAGCGGGCUUGGACUUUAGCCCCAUGUCACUGGAAUCUCAAGUACUAUUGGGGGCUGAAUUCAAAUUGACCCGCAGCAAACUUAAUUUCUGUGUCGACGGGUCAGGUCACAUCCAGUCCACUCUUGAAACCAAGCUGGGGAUGGUUCAGGGAGCGCCUACGUUGUGCUUCUCUGCCGAUGUUGACCAUAUGAAGGAUGAGAUGAGGUUUGGAUAUGGCCUUAAUUUUGAAGGAUAGUAACGUAAAUCUAAUCUAUCUAUCUGGUUGAACAUAAACCGUAAUGCUUAAAGAUUGCAAGAGUUGGGCAGUGCCGCACAGAUAUUUACACAAACUUGCAGCGAAAUUGGCGCUAAA